CAUUUCGUAAUUUGCGGCGUGGAGGACAAGUGAUCCGUUCGAAUAAAGUAUCACUACCGAUCCGAUGGCGUCGCUACUAGACACACUGGUUGGAGGGUACGCGUCGCUCUUCUGCUUGAAUGAACGGCGUGGAUCGCCGCAAAUGUCUGCCAAAGUGCAUGCGCCCCUGGAGCGGAGGUCGGCGCCGCUGCAAAAGAAGCCGACCAAGCUGUCAAUCAACGACCGGUUGCGCGCACUCAUCGGCGACAUCAUUAGCGAGGAGGAGCUCGAGCAGCGCCUCUCGUUCGGACGCGUGCUGGGUGCUGGUGCGACAUCCAAAGUGUACGAGGCGGUGGAAAUGAGCUCUGGUCAACGAGUGUCGGUCAAGGUCUUCGAUAAGGUGUCGAUGGUGGAAGCACGGCGCUCCAUGGUCGCGGACGGCCAGUACGUGCGCGAGAAGGCCGUGCACCGCGUACGCCGACGACUACUUAAGCUCGUGUCGGAACUGGAGAUCUCCAAGUCGCUGGACCACCCCAACAUCAUCAAAUACUUGGGCGCCUACGAGACGUCACACCGCAUUUGUAUCGUUCAUGAACUUGUGGAGGGUUCAGACCUAUUGGAGCAUUUGCUGGAGAAUGGAAAGAUGCCAGAAGACCAAGCGGCUGGCGUAUUCCGGCAGCUGUUGUCGGCACUGGAAUACUGUCACAACAGGAACAUCUUCCACCGCGACUUGAAGCUGGAGAAUGUCAUGGUCACUAAAGACUUGAAAGUGAAACUCAUUGACUUUGGCUUGUCGGAAGUAGUGGCCAACCCGGAGCAGCCACUUAAGACGGUGUGCGGCACGCCGUUGUACUGUAGUCCAGAGAUUCUUUUCCUCCAUGCAACGGCCCAAGCCGCUCGUGAAGGCUUCCGUGGAGGCCCCGCCGAUGUGUGGAGUGUCGGGGUGCUCAUCUUCGCUCUUCUUACAGGCUGCGCACCUUUCGAUGACUCGGACUUCCACCGACUGCGCCUAGAUGUUUCACGCAACCGCAUCAACUACCCUGCGUACAUUUCUGAUCAGGCAAAAGGAUUGCUCAAGAACGUGCUAGUGACCGACCCACUCAUGCGUCCCACCGCCACGGACCUGCUGUCUUACGGCUGGUUCCAAGAUUCACCCAAAUCUGAGUCCCUCUCCGACAACCAAGAGGAGGACUGGUUGUGUACUAAGCGCAAAACUGAGCUCAAUGACGACAUCCGGUGUCGUUCGCUUUCUUGCCGUCGCACCACUGAAUCCGACGGCACGUACAGCUCGAGUGCAAGUCUCGAAGAUGUCUCGAAGCGCAAACUGUCGUCCCCAACUCACUUUUCCAGCUUGGAGAAAGAGGCCGUUGAAGGCACUACUUUUUAACCAUGAUAGCUGCUCCUUGGGAAGGCAAGUUAGUAAGUUAACACACGACUGGACCGAGCGUGCUUGGCUCGUCAACGCUAAUAUAUUUACCGAAUUGUUACUACUUGAUCUUCCUCCUCAUUCAACGCUCUUUGGAUCAAGCAGAGGCUGUUGGUGUUGUGCUUGUUGACGACUUUAGCCCAGCUCGAG